GGUCAAUGGACUGAUUGCUCUUGGUAUAAAUCACCGUAUACGCAAGAUGGCCCCGACGUAUAAAGUCGCAUUAGUCCAGCUUCACCCCAAGCCGUUGGCCCCGGCUCAGAACUACGAGAAAGCUGCGGCAUUCAUACGCGAUGCCGCCACAAAAGGAUGCCAUCUAGCCGUGUUACCCGAAUACCAUCUCACCUCAUGGGUCCCCGACCGACCGGAGUUCAAGGAAUCAUGUGCAGAUUCCCUACAGUACCUGCAAAAGUACCAGGCUUUAGCAAAUGAACUACACAUUUGCAUCGUCCCAGGAACCAUAAUCGAAUCCAAUGAUAACUCCUUACAGAACAUCGCGUACUUCAUCUCGUCCAACGGCGAUAUUGCUGGGCGGUAUCAAAAGAAGAACCUAUGGCAUCCAGAGCGCCGCCAUCUUGUGUCAUCCGCCCACGAACCCCAUUUGGCUUUUGAUACGCCUCUUGGCCGUGUUGGUCUACUCAUUUGCUGGGACCUGGCCUUCCCAGAGGCUUUCCGAGAGCUCAUUGCCGACGGCGCUCAAAUCAUCUGCGUGCCAACAUUCUGGAGUCUGCGCGACGUAUCGGAUGAGGGCUAUGCCCUAAACUCUGAUGGCGAGGCUCUAUUUUUAAAUAGCACAGUUAUAGCUCGGGCGUUCGAGAAUACGUGCGCCGUCGUAUUUGUCAACGCUGGAGGUCCGCCGGAGAAGGGCGAGGACACAAGCUUCGCCGGCCUUAGCCAAGUUGGUGUCCCACACGUAGGAUCGCUGGGACGGCUGGGCAGCGCCGAGGGUAUGUCCAUUGUCGAUUUGGAUAUGGAUGUAUUGAGGAUUGCCGAUGAGAACUACAAGGUCAGAGAAGAUAUGCAAGCAGAGGGAUGGCACUACGCCUACACGCGCAUUCGAGACGAUAGCAAACUGUAGGAUACUUCUCACACACAUACAAACUGCUCAUAUCAACAGCAUAGUGCAUCAUGAAUUAAAUGCAUAACUACCGCUUGUAUGUACUAAGUAGGGGCUUUAUGAAGCUAGAGGCCGCCCUCGCAUGCCUGGCGCAAUUGUGGUAUGCAAGCAAACCUGUUCGGCAGGCAGAAGCUGCCAAGCAGUUUAUCUAAACCCUUUAUGCUUAUAAUAUAUCUAUCUACCUGCCUAUUAUGUAUGAUGCGCAUAGGGACAUUAAAAACAAACGUGCUAAAUUGCAAGGAGAAGGAAGAUAGGAGAAAGAAAAAAAGAUAAGAUAAUUAUUGCCCCCAUCCCGGAUCGAACGAGAGACCUUGUCAUGAUCUUGCAACUUUAUACAAGUGACACGCGCUACCACUACGCCAUAGGGGCU